CCGCGAACGUGACGUCACAGGCUUGUCAGCACCUAUCGCGGGGCGGUACGCGACGAAACAGCUAAGCUAAAAUAUGUAAUCCUCGAAGAACCUGACUCUCGUUUUUCCUUUCUCUUGGUUACAUUAUUGUUAUCGGCGUCGACAUACAUGGUGACGAGUAACUAGAAUUUAAAAAGACACAUUUUCAGCUGGGUUUGUGUCAGUCAGCUGAAGAAGAAUGGAAGCUGUGAACGCGUUCAACACGGAGUUGUUCUCCAUGAUUGACAUGAAGCCGCCGAUAUCUCGAGCUAAGAUGAUGUCUGUCACCAAGUCAGCCAUCAAAGCCAUCAAGCUCUACAAGCACGUCGUCCAGAUUGUUGAAAAGUUCAUCAAGAGGUGCAAACCCGAGCUAAAAGUGCCCGGCUUGUACGUGGUGGACUCCAUUGUUCGGCAGUCGCGUCAUCAGUUUGGCGUGGACAAGGACGUCUUCGGGCCGCGCUUUGUGAAGAACUUUACAGACACCUUCCAGAAUCUUUACCAAUGCCCAGAGGAUGAUAAGAGCAAAAUUGUCCGCGUGUUGAACCUGUGGCAGAAGAACGGUGUGUUUGACAUGGACAUCAUUCAGCCGCUGAUGGACAUGGCUAAUGGCCUCCUGUUACCCGCACCUUCAGUUGAAGCUUCCACAGAGCCACAGCCUCCUCCCAUGGCAGCGGCCCCUGUCGUGCCAACUUCAUCACAGAUGCCCACUUCCGAUGCCUUAGCCGCGGUGGCCCAGCUGUUCCAGUCCCCGCAUGGUCAGGAGCUCCAGAGGAUGCUUCAGAACUUGCAGCAGGCAGAAAAGACCCACACGGCCAAUAAUACAAACGAGCCAAAUACUCACCAGGUGAAUGUGGCCCAGCCCGAAAUGCUUCGUGCGCACACAGAAGAAAGGAGCACCCUCGCUGAGAAACUGCUAGACCGGUUUGACUACGAUGACGAACCUGAGGAUGUAGCAACAGAAGACACAGCAGGCUCUUUAGGCAACCCUGAACAGAUGCACAACAUGGAGACGAUUCAUCCACUUCCAAUGGAACAGAAUGCAAGCAGCCUUGAGUAUGGUGGAGCGGUGAGUCAUGCAGAGCAUAACAUGCUGCCAGACGGAUACCAUUCCACAAAUGACGUGCAGAACUCCAAAUCACAAGAGGCUUCAAGGGAGGAUCCAUCUAUACAUAGAGAGGGCCGACAUGGAGCCUAUGGCAGGAGAAGAUCUGGUUCCAAAUCUCCAAGGAGAAGACGGUCACGCUCGUCGUCGCGUACGAGAAGGCCCAGGCACAGGCGCUCCAGAUCGCGCUCGAGAGAGAACCGCUGGCGCACCCAUUCGCAGGACAGAAACGAGCGAGAGCGUGAUAGAGAGCGGCGGCAGAAGGGUCUCCCGAGCUUCAAGAGCCAGAUGCUCAGUGUGUGCAGCACAACACUGUGGGUUGGUCAGCUGGACAAGAAAACCCAGCAGUCGGAUGUCAUGUCCCUUCUAGAGGAGUUUGGCCAGAUUGAGUCCAUCAACAUGAUUCCCCCGAGAGGUUGUGCCUACAUUGUGAUGGUCCACAGACUUGAUGCCUACACAGCCUUGAGCAAGCUCAAUCGUGGCUCGUACAAAGUCAAUGGGAAGCCUGUAAAGAUUGCGUGGGCUUUGAACAAAGGCAUAAAGGUAGCACACAAAAAGUUCUGGGACGUGGAGCAAGGAGUCACCUACAUCCCCUGGGCCAAAGUGAAAGCCGAAGAGCUGGACAGCUACCGAGCAGGCGGAAUGCUGGACCUGGACACGCUAAGUGAAGAGUGGAAAAGCAUUCUGGACCUCAACAAGCAGCUAACGGCAGCGCCUGUGAAUGGCUUGUUGGAAAGCGCGCCGGCAGGUGGGAGCGUCGAGGCUCAGAUUCAGGUUCCGGCCGUCCAACAGGUGGCGCCCAUCGGAAGCCCGCCGAUGUUCCUACCACCUGUCAUGCUGUCUCCUGUGUCCAUGUCUCCAGUGGGGGGAUCUAUGCCGAUCCCACUACAGAUUCAGCCUGAAGCCACUGCAGCAGCUGUCAAAUCUCCAACAGAGCUGACGGGCGACCCCGAAGGAGACAAGCCGUCGGACCCCCAGCUGCGCUCCCCUAGGGCCGCCGCCGUCAACCCGCAGGCCCCCCCGCCGGGUCUUCAGCCGAUGCGUCCUCCUCCUCAUCAUCAUCAUCCUCCUCACCUGCCCCCCUUCCUCUCGGCCCACAACAUGCCGCACCCCAUGAUGGCCGGAGGACCUGUGUUCUCCCCGGACAGGUUCCGCAUGGCCUUGCCCUUCCCCCCUCGCGGCCCCGUGGUCCACCGGCCCCCUUUCUUGAGAUCGGAGGGCAUGAUGGUGGGUCGGGCGGGGCCGCCUUUCAGAAGGAGGCCGGGCUUCGGGGGCCCCCCCCGAUUCUCCAGGGGGGGCUGGUGAUAAACACCGUGUUGUCAUCCCAUCAAAACAAGAAACAAACAAAAAAAGCCCCCAGCUGUAAAUACUGUACAUACUUGCCAUCCUUUGUUAUCUUUUUGUAUAUUUGAAUGAAAAUGAAUCUAGUAAGUGUUGAGGUACAAAAAAAAAAACUUUAUUGACCGUGCUUACGUCUAGAAAAAGCCCAAAAGUGUUUUGUUUAGUUGUCUCUGCUUCUUCUUCACCUUUUGAGGUAAAAAGAAAAAAAGAUGUUCUGUUCUUGUGUCGCCCUCUAGCGGCAGAACAACUUCCACGCAUCGAGUAGCACCAUCACGUGACCUA